AUGCUGGUGGAACCUACUCUACUCAGGGUCGACAUCAUUACACAAGCUCAGGCCUACGUGCUGUUCCGGUUCCGGUAUAACCAAUCUGGCGGAGAGAACCAUGGAAUCAUUCAGGCCGAGAACAUGAAACCUCCCUGGAGGACGUCAAAGAUACCCUGUACGACUGCCCAAUUCACUAUUCCAAUGGACGAUUGUAAAGUGAAUGUCUGA